GUUUCUCCCCCCCUUUCCUCCACCACUGCGGGUGGCGCUGGAGAGUCUAAACUCGAUACAGGAAAACGGGCCGCAGCAGCAGCACCACAGAAGAAAAAGCAGACCUUACCGGGAGAAGUGCCGCUGCCUGACGUGAUCAGAGGAGCCCUGUGUGCAUUUCCUGUCUUUGCCAACCCUGACCAUGGUGCUGAGGGAGGUCCCAGCCGAAAACAUCGCCCGUCCUCUGGGCAGGAACGAGGUCAUCGGCCUCCUCUUCCGCCUCACCAUAUUCGGAGCGGUCACCUACUUCACCAUCAAGUGGAUGGUGGACGCCAUCGACCCCACCAGGAAGCAGAAGGUGGAGGCUCAGAAACAGGCAGAGAAAUUGAUGCGACAGAUCGGUGUUAAGAACGUGAAGCUGUCAGAGUACGAGAUGAGCAUCGCAGCUCACCUGGUCGACCCGCUGAGCAUGCAGAUCACCUGGAGAGACAUCGCAGGUCUGGAUGAGGUGAUCACAGAGUUAAAGGAGACGGUGAUCUUACCUGUUCAGAAGAGACACCUGUUCCAGGGAUCCAGACUUCUGCAGCCCCCCAAAGGUGUGUUGCUGUAUGGGCCUCCGGGCUGCGGCAAAACGCUGAUCGCCAAGGCAACGGCGAAGGAGGCGGGGUUUCGUUUCAUCAACCUGCAGCCAAGCACACUGACCGACAAGUGGUACGGAGAGUCCCAGAAACUGGCGGCCGCUGUGUUCUCAUUGGCCGUCAAACUACAGCCGUCAAUCAUUUUCAUUGACGAGAUAGACUCAUUCCUGAGAAGUCGAUCCAGCUCGGACCACGAGGCCACGGCCAUGAUGAAGGCUCAGUUCAUGAGUCUGUGGGACGGACUGGACACUGACCACCACUGCCAGGUGAUCAUAAUGGGAGCCACUAACCGUCCUCAGGAUCUGGACUCUGCUAUUCUGAGGAGGAUGCCCACCAGGUUCCACAUCAACCAGCCUAGCAUGAGGCAGAGAGAGCAGAUCCUCAAACUCAUCCUGGAGAACGAGAGUGUGGACUUGUCAGUUGACCUGGUCGACAUUGCCAAGGAAACUGACGGUUUCUCAGGAAGUGACCUCAGGGAGAUGUGUCGUGACGCUGCGCUGCUCUGUGUCCGAGACUUCGUCCACACUCAGAACGACAGUUCAUCUGAGGACUUCAUCCGUCCAAUCCAUCAGUCUGACCUUCAAAAGGCAAUCAGUAAGAUGAAGAAAUCUAAAUUGGCGGGCGGACACAGCACUCUGCUGCACGCUGCUCUGGACUGAAUUCAAAUACAAACAUUGAUCAUGUGAUGACCUCAGCCGAGCCUGCGGUCGCAGGUUCGAUUCCCAACCUGUUCAUCAGCUCAGUGCGUAGAUACUGACCUACUGUGUCUACAUGUGUUUAAAUAUGUUCAACAUGUGCCACUGCCUUUUGUUUUUUUCUUAUUUUUGUUUUUAUUUAAACCUGCUGAUCAUGCUGCUGAUGAUCCUCAGUGACUCUCAGACGCAGACAAGAAAAAAAUGUGUCAAACCCUGGUUUGAGAAUUGCUGGAUGAUCCAGAAAAGUAAAAUCAUUGAGUCAUGAAGCUCGAGUCGCCAUUUCUGAGGCGACAGAAUUCAUCGUUACACCUCCUUUUGUGCUUUGCUGCUGGUUUCCACUGUAAAUAAACUCAAAGUAGAUCAGUAAAACUUAUUUUAAAUAAUGUAAUCAAACACAAGUCUGCUCAUCAUUGAACCAAACUAAAGUGCAGUGAUUCCCAACCUCUCUGGGUUUUGACUACUUUAAAUAGGACUUCUACUUGCAGUGAAGUAAUAAGUCAACAUGUCUGGUGUCGUCCUUAUUUUUCUUAGUGUUUUUUCUUCCCAUCGACUGAACACGUAAAAAUAAAAAAAAAACACAUCAUCAUUUUUAAAAAAGCUCAGUGUUUCUGUAAAACAGCUGCUCACCAAAUAAUCAGGAGGAAAUUCUUACAUUUGUUGAGGACUAUUUUCAGUGGCAGAUUUCUCCACAUAUGGUGCUGUAGUGAGUUUUGGGGACAACAGGACAAACUGUCAAACUACAGUGAGUGUGUUCAAGGUUACCACCAUGGAACGCUGUUUGUUUAGAUUAUCAAACAGAGAAUGAAUCAUCGGUUUGUUUCUGGCUGCUAGCAUUACUGUUAGCAAUGUGGCUACUGUCCAAAGCAAGAAACAACCGUGAGAAUCCCAGUUUGAACUAGAAACCCUGAUCUCAGCGCUGAGAUGAAGGCUGUAAAAACACCUGGUUGUAUUGUAUAGGUUUCUUACAGGUGUAGUUUGAAUAACAUCUGAAUUCUGCUGAAUUCUCUUUUGACAGAUUUUGAAAAUCAAAACGUGACAGAGCAUUACAACCAUCUCCACUUUCUUAGCCUUCUCCGUUAACGAGGCUCGUUUCCAUGGUUACCGACUGACAUUUCCUCUACCUGGGGGAAGCUAUCGACAGCUACCGGGGAAAAGAAAAGCUCUGUCCUCUCUGUUUGGUUUGAUCAGUGGUGGACUCACUUCCUUUGUGCCGUAAAUCGAGCCUUUAUUUUUUCAUGAAAGUUCACCGCCAGGUGUUAGAGUGAACCAAUCAAAACAAACUUUUGCGUAAUCUUAUAAGUUUGUUGACAUCUUGCAAGAUUUUGAGAAACUUUAACCCUCCCAUUGCCCUCUGUAUUGGCUUUCAUAUUCUGUAUACUUUUUUCUUCUUACUAUUAUUCAAACACAAAAGAUAACCGUUUCAGAAUCACGAAUGUCUUGCACAACAACAAAUCCUACUACACACACACAAAGACACAUUGUCGGCCACCUGGUCACAACACGAGGGUUAAAGAUCUUGCAAGAGUACACGUUGCCCCCCACAACAAUCAGAUUUUUUUUUUCUCCAUGUCCUCUCCCAGGCUUUAUUCCUUUAUUGGAAACUUUUAUUAGUUUAAGCUUAUUUGGCUCCAUUUUGUGUUCAGUUUGAUGUUGUUUCUUUCACUCAGCAGAACUUCAGCAUUACACAUUAGCUAUUAAUUAGAACUUAUUAACAGUAAUAUACUAUUUGACCAUUGUUUUAUUACCGAUGAUUGGUUCUUUCUGGAGAUUGUUAGGAAAUGGCCGACCUGUUCCUGAAAUGUUUACAUAGUAAAUAAAAAUGUAAACGUCUGUUUGAAGCAGAAAGAGAACCUAAAUGUUCAGCCAAAACUGAGCAAACGUGAACAUGAACGUGUUUGAAACUCUGUGAAGGUGAGUUUUUUUCAUGAAGUGUACUUUAUCUUUAUUAUUUCUUGUUUUAUUAUUCUGUGAUACUGAUGUUUGAAUGUGGAGUGUAAAGAACUCAAUUAUCGAUCAGUAGUUUCUGAUGAUAGAAAACAGCCAAUAUUCAUAUUUAACAAACUGAAAUCAAAGAUGUUUAAUUUUCUGUGUUAUUGAAAAAUCAUUUGUUCCAUGAAUCAUUACGUCUGUAAAUCACAGCUCGAACUAAAAAUCCAGCAAGUACAAGAGAACAGGAUUUUUUUUAUAGUGUAGUUGCAGUCUGUUAUGAUGAAAUAAACAUGACAAUUUAAGAUGUGA